AUGCCACGCACUACCACCCGAUCAUAUGGAACCUGGGAACCCAGGCCGGCCGACGGGAACGCGGAAGAAUUGCUACAAGCUCGAGGCAGAAAAAGAGUCAACCGAAGAAUAAUCGUUUGCUCCAUCUUCUCCGUGCUAGCAAUCGUCGCCUUUAUGUUCGUUGCCGGCUGCCUCUGGUGGGCUAUGGAACUGACUUGCUGGGCCCCUUUCAACCCACCCUACCCGCAACCGAAAAGCUGGGAUGAUUUUACGAACAAUUCCUUUGCCGUGGGCUUUGACUUGACAGCUGGCUACGGCACGGCUUCCGUUGCCUUCUACAACGGGACCAUUAUCGACGUGGCUCGAGUCGAAGGUCCAUCCGAAUACAACAGCCUUCUUGCUCGAUUGUCUCUUAAGUCUUCCACACAUCCCACUCCGCCAUACUACGGCUGCUCCGCCCAAACUGGCGACCUCCGCCGACAAUGGCGCCGGUACUUCUACAAACGAUGCGGUCUGCCCGCCUCUUCCGACGUCGAGGCUCUAGCAUCUGUGCUAGGGCAGCUGAAAUUCGAAACCGAUGCCUUCCUCAGAUCCGCAUCCCAAGACUCGUUGCAGGUCGCCUUUGUCACGGUCCCGAACCUCCCAGCGCUGUACCUCCAGGACCUGAUUGACGCGGCCGAGUACGUCAAGAUCCAACUCGUCACGCUCCCAGGAUAUAUGUUUCGAUCAGGCGAUGCGUUGCAGUGGCCAGUGUCGGAGAUCAAUACGGCCAUGGCGGGAAAUGGGAUCGGUUUCCCUGAUCCGUCUUCAAUGGUAGGACAGAGCCCGAACAAGAACAGGAACGCGCUUGGCAUCAAUCGCGAAGAGAUUGUCGGUAUCGAGUCCGUACCUUGGGACGAUAAUCUCUUCUCGGUCCUGUAUACGAACACCGCCCUGACAGCGUAUGUUGGGCCGUUCGGCUCCGCACAACACUUCUCCGGCGUAGAAGGUAUCGCCAACUUCAGCCUCGGGCUCUCUCGGUGUAUGCAAUCACAACCACUAACCACGAACUCUGCCUUCGACUUUGACUCCAACACCGAUUGCCCACCGCCGGCACCCUACUGGACGACCGUCCGCGACGCUCUGCGCACCGCACUAGACUCAUACUUGACACGUGGCCACGAGCUAGGCCGUGUGAUCUCGUACGGCGAAAACGCGCACCACGCACAAUUCGCUGCCCUGCUAAAGGAAGAGGUGCUCGCCCGCCAGUCCAACGACGAUAGAGAGCAUCAAGUGCAGUUCGUGAGCGAGAACCCGGUCUUUGCCGCGUCCAGGGGCGCCGCGCAGUUUGCGAAGCUCUGUGCUACCAUGUCGGAUCGGAAGGCGUGUUUUCCAGAUCUCAGACCGAGGACGCCUGGAUGGUAG